GAGGAAAUGAUGAUGAGAGUGGUCAUAAUAUGGAGAUAUAUAUGAUAGAUGAGAGCAUAGUGACGCCAUGGCAAGAAAACAGCCGCCCGAUUAUACCUACAGUGGAGAGAUCAAUUGUUAAAACCACAGAUAUAGUUCCGAUAUCUGCAGAACAUUCAUCAACAUCCUCUGACGAUGACACAAAUGCUCCGGUAUAUUUGGACGAUGGCUAUGAGCAUGCAUACAACACACUGUUGACAAAUAAUCUUGCUGAAGACGAACAUGUUUAUCUCACUCCAAAAAAGACUUCAAACAAUGAAAACGCUACUCCUUCUGAGAACGCUGCUUGUAGAUGUUCAUCUGAAUUAACCGAACAAGAUUCUUCGCCAGAUCAAGCAGACACACAUUAUGAAGAAAAGGAUGGUGAUAAUAAUAAUUAAUCCGAAAUAUAAUGAGAUCGAGUUAAAGAAAACAGAUAACAUUGUUUUUCGGUCACACAUAUAUUACCGAAAGAACAGACUUUACUCUGUCACUAAAAAUGAGACUAUAUUAAGUUCUGUGUAAUUCUAUAGUAAUUAUUAAAUGGGGCCUAUGUACAUAUAAUUCAACUGUAAAUACACAA